GUCUUGUCAUUGCCUUCUUAUUGCAGUUUGCAUUUGUUCAUUAACUUGUAUUUCUUUUUAUAACUGUCUCAGAAAGGAUUAGUGAAUAUUUUUAUAUAGGACAUAAAUUUUCUUCAAGAGACAUUUAGGUUAUAUUGGGGAUAUUUUGUGGGGAAAAAAAUUCCCUUUGAAAAGCGGUGAAUUUUAGCAAGCUUACCUUAGUUGUCUUAGUAGGAAAUAAGCUAUCAGAUGAUUUCAAGAAUAAUUCCGCUCCCCACUGAAUUUUUCCCCCUUCUACCUCAAGUAAAAUGGGGUAACUGAUGUUAAAUUCCUUCCUCCCGGAGUGAACAGCGUGUCUUUCUUCCUUAGCGCCAGUGCUUAGCACUGCUGAGCCGCUUUGGUGGCUCUGACCGACUGCGGCAGUUUAAAUUCCAGGACGAUAAUGUGGAGGGAGAUCGGGUGAACAAGAAAGAUGAGAUAGAGCUGGCCAUGCAGCAGAUUUGUGCCAAUGUAAUGGAAUAUUGCCAGUCGCUCAUGCUACAGAGCUCCCCUACCUUCCAGAAUGCUGUGUGUCUCUUCACCCCUAGCCUCUCAGAGACCAUUAACAGAGAUGGGCCACGGCAAGAUACCCAGGUUCCAGUGGUUCCAUAUUGGCGCCUGCCUGGCUUGGGCAUUAUUGUCUACCUGCUGAAACAGAGUGCCAGUGAUUUCUUUAGCUAUUAUGACAGCCACCGACGCAGUCUCAACAAGCUACAGAAUGUAGAGCAACUUCCCCCAGAUGAGAUAAAGGAGUUGUGCCAGUCUGUGAUGCCUGCUGGUGUCGAUAAAAUCUCUACUGCGCAGAAGUGUGUCUUAGCGAGACGCCGUCUGGUGAAACUGAUCAAUAAUCGUGCCAAGCUGCUGUCCCUCUGUUCCUUUAUCAUAGAGACCUGCCUGUUUCUUCUUUGGCGCCAUCUGGAGUAUUACUUGUUACACUGCACUCCAACGGAUUCCCAAGAUUCGCUGUUUGCCUCUAGAACUUUAUUUAAAAGCAGAAGACUACAAGAUUCCUUUUCUUCAGAACCCAACCUGGACUUCAGAAGUGGGCUGGCUGUAGUGAGCCAACAUGAUAUAGACCAGCUUCAGUCUGAUGCCAUCAAUGCUUUUGGAGAAUCACUACAAAAGAAGCUGCUGGACAUUGAAGGGUUAUAUUCCAAAGUUCGCUCCCGCUACAGUUUCAUCCAGGCCCUUGUCAGACGCAUCCGUGGCCUGCUGAGGAUAUCGAGGAGUUGAGAGCCAUAUUUAUGCUCUUCUGUGGAAGAGAUGAACUGAGGAAAACCAUCUCCUUUUUAUAGAUGACUUUAUUUCUAAAUUAUGACCAAAAGAUAUUUUGCUAUUUCUUUCUUGAUAUAUGGACAUCUUUUCUGUAAACCUGCCUUAUUUCACCCUUACUUGUGAACAAUAAAAUACUUUUUAAAAAAUAACAAAACAUA